AUGAUCGUGUGGGAGAUCGUCUUUCCUCCUCCUCCACCUCCAUUAGAGAACUCUUGCGGUUGCCAGCGCUAUCUGGUUGAGCAGCUGUUGAACCACCGCGACGUGAACGGACGUCGGACGAGUUAUCUCGUCCGUUGGCGCGGUUAUCCCCCGUCCUAG